CAAGCCGCCAACUUGUAUAGCAGUGUUAGAGAAGAGAGUGCCACACUCUUUCCCGUAUAUUUUGCAACAGAAUGCACAUACAAGCCGGCGACCACACCUACCGCUUGAUUGCCUUACUUCACAUUUUAACAGCAGUCUUCACGCAAGAGAACGGUGGCCACAUUGUGUACCCGGAGCUGUUUCGGAGCCGAGACGCGGAUGGUCGUCGCUUGCUGAAGAUUACAGACGACAUUCUACUUAAACUUAAAAAGAGUUCAGUUCUUGAACGAGAGUUCCUCGUGCGGACAUACACCGAUGGCAUACCUAUGCAUACCUAUAUGAGCGGACCUUAUCUUGAGGAUGACCUCUACCACGACGAAGCAUCAAUGGCGUCUGUUACUGUCUCCUACGACAGUGGCCUUAGAGUGGAAGGUAUCGUCAACCCACGAAUGCGUAUCGCACCGCUCUUGACAGAGGAACGAAAUGCCAAAGGCCGUAUUGCGCACCAAUUGAUAGAGAUUCAAGAUGAACUUACUAGUGCUGAUGAAGAUUAUGAAGUGUCUGCAUAUAAAGCCAUGCGGGCUUUCAAUGGUGCCGAGAUACGUAUACAAAGUAUCCAGGUUUCAGAAAGAUCAUCUGAUAUUAUUCGUCCCGAGCUUUUCGUUGUGGUGGAUUCCCUGUUCGCAAAGGUUUUCAGCAGUACGGCCAACAUCAUUAAAUAUGUCGCCAUAACAGUAAAUGCUAUAAAUCUCAGGUACUUGGGAGUUACUGAUCCUAAAGUAAAGCACACACUCGUCGGACUGGAGGUUACUACGGUUGAGAAAGAAUGGUUUUUACGAAGAGUAACUCGUGAUCCAAGGUAUGUUCACGCACAAGGGACCCUUGCAUCUUUCCACACAUACGUGACACAGAAUCGUGAGCUCUACGAUAACGCUGACAUUGUCUUCCUUUUAACAGGACAAGACUUGGCCACAAUCAAGAAUUAUCAAGUAAACAAUGGCAGUGGCGGAUUUGCAUAUAUUAGGACUGUCUGCACUGAAUAUAAAGUAGGCGUUGGAGAAGACCGACCGCCUACAUUCAAGGGUGUUCACGUAAUGGCCCACGAAAUUGGACAUAGUUUAGGUUGUCUGCACGAUGGCGAAGAUUCACCCUUUGGAAGUCAAGACAUUCCUGGCUCACGGGAGUGUCCUUUCCAAGACGGGUACCUGAUGAGUUACAUACGGAAAGACAGUAACACGUACAAGUUUUCUCCGUGCAGCAUCCAACAAAUCAGAGAGACAGCAAGGUCCCAAGUUGGGUCCUGCCUCUACGUUAAAAACAAUAAUCGGACGUCAAUGAAAUACUAUUCUUAUCUCCCCGGAGAAAUGAUGACCAGGACUAAGCAGUGUCAGAAUGCUUUUCCAACUCUGAGGAAUGUAGAGUUCAUAGAAGAAAUGGGAGUGAAAGACUGUAGCAUUCGCUGUGGAACUACCGGCAAGAAACGGGAUACGGAACCCAAACGUCUUCACUUGAGCGAUGGAAGUCCCUGUAAAACCAAGAAUGGCAGGACAUACAACUGCAUCAAUGGCUUAUGCUUGAAGAAGAAAAAGUCAUAUGGACGCAAAGCGGUGCCAUGAGGCUCUGGGAAACUGGGGAAUGCGCGAAAAUUUGCAAAUUAAAGGGCAGUACCCGUGUUCUCCAUGUGAACCA